AAGAACAGGGUAGUCGUGUACACCUUUGUAUAUAAACGUGUAGUCCGAAUGUGAUGUGAUAACUUUCUUUGAAUUACUAAGAUGUUUUGACUUUUUAUUUAAAUAUCUUCAGCAAUUGAACGUUGUUAAAGAGUAUGGCAGACGACGCCACGGAAGACGUGGCUUUAACUUUUGGCGAAGAUGAAUUAUACACGAAAAACCGACGACUGAGGCAUCCAAUGACAGUUGUGUUUCAUCUUGUAUUUCGUAUUCUUUCCGUCGUCAUCUAUCUCUUCUGCGGAUUGUUCAAUAUUAGUUUUGUAAUGACUUUCGUCAUUAUUGUCAUCCUCUUGUCUAUUGACUUCUGGACAGUAAAGAACAUAUCUGGUAGACUAUUGGUUGGAUUAAGAUGGUGGAACUAUAUAGAUGAGGAUGGUGAAAGUCACUGGGUGUUUGAGUCCCACAAGAACAAGACGGUUUCGUCUCUUGAAUCUCGGAUAUUUUGGCUUGCUCUUAUAAUCCCCCCACUGAUAUGGAUAUUUUUGUUUGUAACUUCCCUUGCCACGCUCAAAUUUCAGUGGAUGAUCACAGUUGGUGUGGCCAUAAGCUUGAAUUUUGCAAAUCUUUUUGGUUAUGUGAAGUGCAAGAAAGACGCAUCAAAAAAGCUUAGAAACAUGGCUGGUACCUUCAUUGGCCAGCAACUUUUUAAACAGGCCAUGUCAACUUCCGCUGAAGAGAAUACUUCAAAGACUUAAAAUCUGUUGAUAUCUUCGAUGAAAUAUUUAACGUAUUUAUUGUUCUCGUAGUUGCAAACUCCAUUUAUAAAAAUCUGAAAUCAAACAUAACCAAUAUAAGGUGCUUUAUCAAACAUAAAUUCCUUUGCUGUAUAACAGAAAAUGCAUACUUAACACUUAAAACAAUGUGUAGUGAGUAAUAAUUCAGUAACAUUUGAAUGAAAAACGA